GCGAGAGCUCGCGGCGCCGCUGCCGUGCCCUUGCGGCGCCAUGGCCGGGUACUGGGACGGGCCCGAGGGCGAGCAGUGCCCGCGCCGCACCUGGCUCACCACGAGGGUGGGAGCCGCCGCCGGCUUGAUCGGCGCCGCGUACCGCGUCAUCCUGCUGCAGCCCGGCACGGCUCUGGCCGCCGUGCAGAUGGCGGCGGUGGACACGGUCACUAUGGCCACGCUGGGGGCUGUGUUCGGUGUGACCACCUGCCUCAGUGCCGAGAUCCGCGAGAAGCCAGAGGAUCCCCUCAACUACUUCAUAGGAGGCUGUGCCUCGGGAGCUCUCAUUGGGGCAAGAACUCACAAUUACUUCACUGGUACCAUGUCCUGUUUGGGGUUUGGGAUCACUGCUGCCCUCAUUAAGAUCGGUAACAAGGAGGGCUGGAGACUGGCGGGACCUCCCAAGCUGUGACUGCAGCCUUGCCCUGCAAGCUGUCCUGGGAAUGCUCUGUGGAAUAAAGAUGCUGGCAAAUCAACAGCUGAAAUCA